GCUGCGGUGAGCGGCUGCGCGUGUCCGUCUGCGUAGCGGGCUGAAGGGAAGAGGGCAUUAUAGCGUUGUUCACCCAGCGAAGUGGGGGACUGGCAGACAGAGGAUGCAAAGGAAUGAGCGUGGGUAUGCGUAUCUGUGGUCUGUGUCGGCAUACCGGAUGAUGAGUGGCGGCGAUUUGAUGACCAAGCACCCGCGGGCCUCGCCUUGUGGCUGAGGCUUUGAGGGAGGGGGUGCUGACUUGUGAGCCCGUCGGGGAGGCUCGUUCAUGACCAUGGCUCGGUCCAGCUCCUGCAUGGCUUGGUCGAAAUCGCCACCCAGGUGCUCCAAUCUACGCAGGCUGGUCUUCAUUUGCUGACACAUCGCACGAGGGACACGACCACAUGGAUAUGUGUGAGGCACGUUUUUGUCUCCGUGUGCGGUCACCUGUAUGUGCUGCUGCAGUGUGUGCAGGCUCUCCAGCUGCGGUGGUGUCUGUGUCUUGCCUCCUGCUCCCGCUGCCGCCCUGCUGUGGCAGCUGAGGAUGGACAGAGGCGCAGACUGAUGCGAGCCGGCGCCAUCAAAUGUCGGCGUUCUUAUGAUGCCGCCCCCUGGCGCUGCCGCAUCAUUCGAUCCUCUCCUAUUCACCACAAUCCUCACGUGUCUGCCCUCGCCAUGGUUUUCCCUCAGCUGUCGGUUCUCCUCCCGUAAUGCAUCGAUCUCUCUCUCCAGCUCCUCAAUGCGGUGCAUCUGCCGCCUGAGCGUGUCACCUGUGGCGUUGGCAAGGUCGUCGAAGUAGAGGUUUCUGGGGCUGAUGUUCUCGCUGCUGCUGUCUUCGCUGUUGGAGCUGUUGAGCAUCAUGCUGUGCAACAUGUCUCGGUCGCCAGUGCCGCCCAAAGCCAGGGAGGGCGAAAUAGCGCCGAAGAUGUCCGGUCUCUGAAGUAGAGAGAGCGAAAUAUCUGUCAUCCCAUGAGAUGUCAUUUGUCUCGUGAUACCUGGGAAACGAUCUCCUUGAUCAGGUCCUGCAUCUUCUCCAUCUGAUUUACGACAUACAGGAGAGGAUCCCACACACAUGUCUUGUGUCGCUUACCCACCCGACCACCUGUGCGACGAAUCUGGGUGUGGCGGCCAUCGAACCAGAUGGCCGCCCCGGCGUCAUAGCCCCAUAAACACUGCUGGCUCGUCUUCGAUCGCUCUGGCUGUCGGGUGUGGUUGGGGAUCGGCUAUUGGCCAACGGGUCGGGGGAUGAGGUGGUCGACGGUCGAUGGGAGUUGAGACGGAGUGGGGACGGCUUCGGGCGCGACGCCCGGCGACCCGCCUUUGAGGACUCAUCUUCGAUGAGGGUCACCGUCUUCCUUCGUCCAGUUGAUUGGGGUGGGGAUCUCUUGGUUAGCCUGUUUCCGACUACCCCGACAGGCACAAUCUCCUCCUUCAACCUCUGCAGCUUGUUGAUCGCCUUGUCCUUCUGCCGCCCCCUCGUUAUGCCCCGCAGGGUCCCUUCCAAGUGUUGAAUCCGCCGCUUCAGGUCGAGGUUCUCACUUGUGACGCUCCGAAGGUUCUCGCGCAAUAUGAGCUCAACUUCGUCGUCGUCUCGGCUCCGUCUCGGAAGCUCGGCGCUCGCCGCUCGCCAUAAGUCCCUGUUGAUGAGAGCAUUGAGCGGCUCUCUAGGCGAUGGAACGACUGGGUCGUCGGCGGAGGCGGCGCUGUCGUCCUGCAGCGCGCUACUGAGCUCGUCACUGAGGGAUUUUGGUGCGAGGGGGAGCCGGGGGACGGCGGGAGCGGCAGACUGAAAAGGCCAAAGAGGGAUAAAGCUUGUCACAAUAAUACGUGCGUGUGAUUGUUAGCGUACCGAUGGUGAGACGUUUUGUCUGUCGUUGCCGCCUUGCGACUCUGGUCUCGACUCCCGCGAUGCCCUCGGUGUGACGUCGGCUCUCAGCAGCUGCCGAUCGAGGUUGGCCCCGUCAGACAGACCUGACAGGCAGUCAAGAAGUGAAGGACCGAUACACUGUGAUCUCUUGUGUCUUUGUACUCAGUCUGGUGAUGGACGUGCGGUCGCCGAAGAUUGUCAUGUUGCGUUGGUUGCGGGCGUGGAGCAGAGCGGUCACUUCGUCCUAGCAAAUCAACACACACAGAGACAUGCCUCUCAACACUUGCUACAAAUAGAGAGAUGCUGUCUCAGUACCUUUUCCUUCUGCAGCAGCCUGUUUCUCUCUUCGAGUGCGUGUUUGGCCUUUUCCAAAUCAAUGAGGUUACUCUGCAGGCCCAGCAGACGAGAUUGCAUCCGACGCAUUUCAAUCCUGAGGCGGCACACAGAUAUAGAAACUUGAGUGAGACAUGGGAGACACAGAGUUCACUCACUUUUGCUGGGAGUCUGCCCUCUUGACGGCGGGCGGUAGGGUGGCGUUGAGGGCCAUCUGCUCUAGGUCCUUCACCGCCCCGUCGUCAUGGCCGGACAUCUUGUCAAGCGACUCCUGCAAGCACCACCAACCGUCCAUCACGUUGCCGACCAGCAUCGUUCAUGCAUGUCUCACCCACCUGGAGGUCCGUCACUUGCUGCUUCAGACGUUCGUUUUCGCGCAUCAGCUGAGACUUCUGCCUCUCUAGGUUAUCCAGUGACUGACCACACAUGCAGACAUACCACUUGUGUCUCACCAUCGAUGGUCGUGUCGUGUCACACCAUUUUGGCAAUUUCGUCUUCGCUGGAUCGCGAAGCCCUGUCUUGUCGGCUCAGCUGUGUCCUUAAGUUGGCGUUCUCCUCCUUGAGUCUCUCCCCCUCUCGCCUGAGGAAGCCAAUCUCCUCCACCAUGCUGUCCCAUUCUGCCUCGUAACCACCCGAGCUCUGCGACACAAUGAACGAGCCGUGCAUAUGUGCACGCCGCUUGUGUCUGUGCUACUCACCGCGGCAGACUCUCGUCUGAGUGAUCGGUUGCUGUGUCGUCGCUUCUUGAGGGCGGCAAUGGUUCGGCGCAGCGACGCGACCUCUUCUUCCAACCCGACAUCACGCUGCGCAAAGUCACCCAACACGACCUCGGUGCGCUCCAACUGCUCUGUCAGCUCCUGCACCACACAUGGACCCAUGGUGUCCAUGUCUUUGUCAGUGCAUGUAGUGUGCCUUGAGUGACUGACGUCAUUUUCAGCCCCAACGCGUCUCAGCUCUUUGAUAAGGGUUGAUGUGCGAAUCUCUUCCAUCUCGCUCUGUAGCUGGACGAGCCGAUUCUGUGUCUCAGCCAACUCCUGCAUGAAAGAACGGCUUGGUUUUGAUGCGUCGAUGUCUCUCUUCUUGGCUCACCUUCUCUGCUUCUGUCCGUCUGGUCUUCUCUUCCUCCAGUUCUCUGGCCAGCUGCUGUGACUUCCCUCCAUCAAGCAGACCUAUGGGGCCGCCAGAUCGGUGCACUACAGCAACACAUGCAGAUGAAAGACAUGCACUCAUGAGAGAAAGGCUUGGAUGUGCUUGCCCCCCACCCUGGAGGGUCUGCAGCUCGUCUAGGUCUUCUUCAUCCAUGUCAAUCAUCUCCACACCCCGCUGCAGCGACUGCAUGCCACCGAAGGCAAGGCGCACACACAUUCGGUCCGAAUGCGUCGGUCCUUCUGCCUUCCUUCGUUCCUGGUACCGUGAGCACUUUUAUAAGCGAAAACAUCUUGCCCGUCACGACGACGCUUUGGAAACGGUCGCGCAGCUGAUCGCCACUCUUCAUCGACAUCACGGACGACCAAUCAGCCAACAGCGAGCCCCCUCCGCUUUGCCUCUCAGGCUGGACGUCAGUCUUCCUUCGUGUAUUCUCUUCGUGCGCCGUUUCCCCUGCUGUCUCUUCGAAGGACUUCGACCGCUCAUCGGUCGGGUCAGAGUGCCGUUGGUCUGUCGAGUGAGAGGAGCGGGGCUGCAGCGAGUCGCGGGAAGGAAAGCCGCCACGACGCCUGGCUGCGAACUGCGCGUUGAUGUCGCUGGCCGAUCGUAGGAGGUCGGAGACGCGAUGCUCCAUGUCGUCGAUCCUCUGCUCGACAUUCUUCUUGCCUUCGUCUCGUCUGCCAUCCCCCUCCUCCCCCUCCUCCGCAAUUGUCAUCAGCGCGGGCACAGUACUCGCGCUCACAAGACCCGACGGCCGACCCCGACCAACGCCUCUCCCCCUUGCGGCCGUCGCUGCCUGACUCGUGGGUGAUUUGAGAGGGC